AUGGCCUUCGAGCACCCUUCUGUUGCUCUCGUUCGUCACCAUGAAAUUCCUCUUGGCAGUGCUUCCGAUGCAUCAUGGCACGAUGAAAAUGUUUCAAAGCACAAGCCAACUAGACUCGACCCCUUGGACUUGGGAGAGGGCCUCGGCCACCCAGCGGUGUUGGAGAUUUCUGGAAACAGCCUCAUCGCGAGAGAAUGUCCUCCCUCAUACUCUUGCCGCCUGGUAAGGCGCAAACUGCUAUCCAACGGAAAGUCGACAGCCCACUGUCCUAAGGGGAAGGAGAAGACAAGGGAAAGCCCUAUUCUUCACCAUGUGCCGCCAAUUGGAUCCACCGGUAACGAGGAAAAUAGUUCCGGGCGAGGUUAUUGGGGGAGACUCCACCAGCGCCAACAUCGAAACAGCAUAAUAAGCCUCAUCCAUGCGUUCUAUCCAUCUGGGGAAGAAACUGGUGCUUGGCUUGGGUUCCGACAAAUACUGACAUUCGCUCAAAGGAUAAUUUUUGUGUAUGAAGCCUCGGGAGAAAGCCCAGGGAAGAUGUCUGUGACCAGCCUGGAGACGGUCGCCGUCAGGGCCAUGUUCUCCAACGGAUCUCAAUACAGAACUACCAUCGAUCUAAUGGCCGAAACCAAAGUGAACAUCAAAAGCAGCCGUAGCAAUAUCAAGGCUCUAGGUAAAGGCAUACAUUACUACCGUGAUGCAGCUUACAGUCGGACCACCGCAAGCUCGUACGGACGCACUCCCCAAUAUGUGUCUGCGCGUAGCUGGCUUUGGUCUAUCUCGCAUGCGCCCAUAUAG